CAUGCAAGACGACUGGAUUGGACCGAAACUCUGGAACUCUACGCCUAAUGUCAAAUCAUAGUUUUGACCUCUUUGAUUUCGUUCUGUAACCGCUACCAGUUAACAUUUCAUUUCAUGCUAGACCUUACAUUAUUCGGUAGCACUCUUCAGACUUCUCCAAUACGAAUUUUGAAAUUUCCUUAAGAAAAGAAGAUUUUUAAAUCCUUGCCCGAACCUUCGGAAGAAUUUAGUUAGUUCAGAGAGCAGAGACCAGGGAGUAAUCAUUGUGUCGACAGUUUGGAGCGAGUAUCUCACGACCAGGCAGACAAUAGCAGGAAUACAAGACAGACAAACCAGAACAAAGAAAUGUCAGAGCCAUCAAGUUUUCGUUACUCUCAGCCAUUGCAAGUUAAUCUAGAGAAUAUAUCCCAGAAAAAGACGAAACAUGAUGCUUACGGUGUUCCAUACCAAAUACUUGUGCCACAAUCUUCUGACUCCCAAGGAUAUCCAACUAUGUACACACGAAUGACUGAUGAGAGCCAAGACGCGUUAUUACCAAGUUACACCUAUGGUCAACAGCAGUUCUCUCAGCCUGUCCAGUACAUUGCCCAACCUGGAUCUAGAUACAUUUCUCAGAUAGAGAGUGCUCGCCCUGUACGUGAUUACUUCUGUUUAAGUAUAUUCGCUACGCUGUUCUGUUGUUGGCUACUAGGAAUUUGGGCAAUAAUUCAAUCCCGCAAGGCAAGAAAGCUUGCGAGUGAAGGACGAUACGCUGACGCCCAAAAGAGUUCAAGGUGUGCAUUGUAUCUGGUCAUCGCAUCUAUAAUUUUAGGUGCUAUAUUGAUUACAGUUUUCAUUAUCUACCGUGUUGAAAUUGCUAAGCCACAUUAUAAGCAAGAAUAUAAUGAUCCUUAAAUAGAUAUAUUCUUGCGUGGCAAAGGUGUGAGUAAUGAAUAUAACUGUCACGUGGGCUUCGAGGCUACAUUGCAUAGAAGUGUAAACAGGAAUUUGUUUACAUUCUAGUAGCUUUUAGUUUCUUUUAGGGUCUACAAUCAGUUCAAUGAGUUUUAAGCUAGAAGCUUCAUGUGAAGUCUACAUUUGAGUAUUUUUUUUAAUUUUAUUUAUAUUAUAAAGCGUAUUAUUGCUUUGUAUAUUGUAUGUGAUCAAUGUUUUCAUGAUUUUUAACGCUUGAAGUAUUAAAAUAUUUUAUUUUGUAAAGAUUAA